GGACAACGACAUUCAGCCUUUCCACCUUCCUUCGUUUCGUAGAUAUCGACCUAGCGAGCACAUGCUAUAGGUAACGUCAAAUCGAGCGAUAUCCUUUUCGAGUCACGAUCAAGACAGCUUUCGCACCAGCGAUUUCACUACGGGCGAGUUCAUUGAGUGCGACAUUUAUCAUGGAAGAUUUUAAUAGCGAAACGGACAGCGAUUACACCAGUUAUUGGAGAGAUUGGUUCAUUUCAUCUCGCGGUAAUGAGUACUUUUGCGAAAUCGACGAAGAUUAUCUCACCGAUCGAUUCAACCUUACAGGACUUCAAACAGAGGUUCAAUAUUACCAAUAUGCGUUGGAUUUAGUGACGGAUGUCUUUGAUUUGGAUUGUGAUGAUGAGAUGAGAGAGACUAUUGAGAAGUCCGCAAGACAUUUAUAUGGUUUAGUUCAUGCUCGUUAUAUUGUCACUACUAGAGGAUUGGCAAAAAUGCUUGAAAAAUACAAGAAAGCCGACUUUGGAAAAUGUCCUCGAGUUAUGUGUAAAUCACAUCCACUUCUCCCCAUGGGACAAAGCGACAACCCAAACAUCAAAGCUGUCAAACUUUACUGCUCUCGUUGUGAAGAUAUCUAUAAUCCCAAGUCCUCUCGACAUUCUGCAAUCGAUGGCGCAUAUUUCGGAACUUCGUUUCACAAUAUUUUAUUCCAGGUUUAUCCGGCUAUGAUCCCGGCGAAAAGUUAUGAUCGAUAUGUACCACGGAUUUAUGGAUUUAAAGUUCAUGCACCUGCAGCGCUGAUUCGAUGGCAAAAUGGAGAAAGGGAUGAAAUGAGGAGACGUUUGAGGAAGUUGGAUAUUGAUAGUGGGUUCAAGGAUGAGGAUGGUGAGGAAGUAGAGGAAAGUGAGGAGGAGGAAGAUGACGAUGAAGACCUUGAGGGAUUGGACAAAGAACUGGUGGAGAAUGGAAUCCAGCCAGAGGCCGUACCUAAUGUUGGGAGAUAUUAGAUGUUUUUCUCAGUAUUACAACUCGAAAUAUGGGACAGGGGAAGAAAGAAAAGAGGUCUUGAGGAUAAGAAUGGAAAACUUCGUCAGAUUUCUAUUCGUGUCGAUAGGAAGAAUUGUCUUUGCUUCUUUGAUGGUUUCUUAGGGAAGAUAUCUUAUGGACUAGCCAUGAAUGGAUGGAUGGAUGGUGGGAUGCAUUGCGGGAGUCUUAGCUGGGGCGCAUAUUGUUUGUUCUUCGUUGUAUCGUAUUGCUCGGAAGGGAGGGGGAAGACUUAUAGGGAGGAUUCGGUUCUCCGAAAGAUGGAUGGAUUGAGAUAAUAGAACGCAAAGAAAGGAUUGAAUGAGAAUUUUAGUAUUUUUUUUAUAUCA